CUCAACGGUCCGGACAUGUCGUACAAAGAGAGAAAAGAUCAAUUGACUCAGUUUUUAUUGAUUGUAACCGUUUAUGUGUACACGUUUGAAGUGAGUCACUCGGUAAGUUUAAGACAGCGCGCGGAAGGUCACGAGUUGACCGCUUCGGGAGAGAUGAAACGGGACAACGACUGGCACCCAAGAGAACGGGUCAGUCAGAGCCCGAAUCCGCGCACUACCGACCGGCCGAGUCCCCCGGAGCUUCGGCCUGAAGUCGCCGCCCCCCCGACAGCUGCACCCCAUCGCAGCAGGCCUUGGACCGUCGGUAACAUCCGAGCAGAGCCGAGGUCUUCGGCCGCCGACUCGGAAGAAGGAUACCAGGCGGAUUUUACAGGUGUUAAUGGAGUCCAGGGGAAAGUUCUGGGCCCAUCCUUUGACUCCAGCUCGCACGUCUCUGAGUGGCUGGCUAUGAGCCCAGGGGUGCAGUGUGACGAUAGUGUCAUGACCUUCACUGCCUCCGGAAAAGAGUUCAAACACCUGUUCGUGGACAGAGAGGAAGCCUCUCCCAUCUCGCUGUUCAAUUUGCCUCAAAACUGCCGUUACUCAGUGAGGACGUCACAGAGUGACUUUGAGAUGAUGGUGCCUUAUGAUGCUUGUUACAUUACACGGGAGAAUGGCAGUUACGUGUUGCCCAUGUUGUGGUGGGGUGUCCCACUGAAGCUCUCCUGUCCGGUGCAGGCGUCCACUCUUGACCCCCCUGUCUCAGACGCUGCCGUCUCAGUACUGUGCUCCUCCUACGGCAUGGCAGUGCAGAUUACUAGGAAGGAGCUGGAUGUAGAAAUACUAGGGGUCAUAGUGAAUGACCGCUGGGGUCCGUUUGUUUCUGAGCACUGUGCGUACAGCUUCCCUUCUCAUCCGGGACAGCGUAAUUUCUUCAUCCCCUUUGGUGCUCGGUGUAUCACUAAAAGAAAGGGUUCUCGUCUCCAUCUCGCAUCAGAUGAUCAUGAAUACAUCCUCUCUUGUCCAGUCAAUCCUCAGUUUCCCUACGCCCCCUUUCCUCCUCCUUCUCCGCCUCCUACCCAGGAAGAGGCUGUUAAUGUCCUUGAUAUCCCCUUCUACCCCUCUUCUGGAUUCCACUACCCUCAGGUUAAUCCUACUCGGCCCCAACCUGCAGUGGAAAGAGCUACAUCCUCUCCAGACAUUACUCCAGUGACAGGAAGUCCACAUACACUUCCUGAAUUACCUGUUGGCUCUUCUCAAUAUGCACCUGGUUGGUAUUACCCCAACCUACCGGUCUACUACCCGACAGAAAAACCAGCUGCGACCUCUGCAGCUGAGCAAGCUGCUGCUACUGCUACGGUUCCUCCAGCAACUCCUAGUUAUCAUCCGUAUUAUUAUGAAAUCCCUCCAUAUCCGGCAGCACCAGGGACCCCUGAACCUUCCAGCCCGCUGACGCCUCCUCCCUCUCCCCCCUCUCCCCCAGAACAACCCUUGGGUCCACAGAACCCAGGCUACAAUGCAUUUCAUCCCCCUGCCCCUUAUGGCCCUCACUAUCAUUACCAUCCGGCCCUUGAGGUACGGCCUGCCUCCCCUUCACAUCCUACCAGUUCUCCACCUUCCCUUCCUCCACCCACGAUUGCACAACACUACAGUCCCAGCGAUCCAUUUGGCCAUUUUCCCGGAGGAACACCCAUUUCCCCGCCAGUGCUGACAUCUCCGCAGCCCGCCAAUGAGAGGGUAGCUCCACAGGCGAACUGCCCCUAUCCUCACAUGCAUCCCAAUAAUCCGUAUUACCAUCCACCCGGUCAUCCACCUCACCAGCCUUUGCCCUGGUAUCCAGACAAUCAACCACCGGUCCACACCACCACUAUCACUCCUACCACAAGUUCCACAGCUGGACCCACACCACCGCUCCCCCAGCUACAGUGUGUAGAUGGGAGAAUGGUUGUCUUCCUUCCUUUUGCCCAACCAGACACCCUCCAGGUCAAAGACCAAACAAAGACAUGGCUGUUCGUCCCCGAUGUGUCUCCAGUGUGUGGGUUCACGCUGCAGACAGCUAAGGGCUACGGGGUAAUCCUUCACUCUCCUCUACCCGCCUGCUACAGCCAGUUGCUGACACCAACUACCGUUUCCUUACUGCUGAGGUUUUGGGACCUUUCCAUUGGGCAGUACAGAAGUCUGGAGCUGCGAUGCCCGUAUCAACCGGCCCAUGACACUCCCCUACCAGCUACCCCACCGCUGUCUCCCGGCAACGGCAAUGUUGGAGCGACUGUUGUUCCGAAGCCUAAGGUCUUGUGCUCCUCCCACCAGAUGACUGUGGAGCUCCCCUCUAGUUCUGUCUCUGGAAUAGUUUUUAAAGACAUCAAAGGGAACCAAAUGAGUCUCCAGGAUGCCCCACGGCACUGUGGGUAUUCUGCGAGAAAAGGCAAAGAUGGCCAAAUCCAUCUUAUUAUCCAGUUACACUCGCGCUGCCACAUGAGCGUGCAGGGUCAAAUGUUCAUCAUCACUGUUGUCUACGUGACUGUGAAUGGGAGGCGGGAGGCUCAGUUUUCCUGUCCCGUUGUCAUUCCAGGGUCUGGGCAAGAGUGCAACCUUCCCAGUGAGCAGCGUCUCCCCUGCGGACCCAGCUCUGUGUCCAAUUCACAGUGCCUCUCCAUGGGCUGCUGCUCCAGCAACAACCCCCCCACAUGCUACUACCCCAUGGAUGAGUGCACUAUUGACCGCCACUUUGUCUUCUCCGUCCCGGCCUCCCUCACGGAGCCCCCCCUCUCCCCUGAUCUGCUUGUUGUUGCCGGCAACUCCACCUGCAAACCGCAGAGGGUGACACCCGAAUACGCCUUGUUCAAUAUCCCAAUGGACGGAUGCGGGACACGCAGAGUGACAGUGGGGGACGCAGUGAUCUACAUGGUGGAGGUCAUCAACAAGGUUCCGACACUCAGCCGCAACUAUGGCACCAUCACAAGGGACUCUUCUGUCAGGUUGCUGGUGGAGUGCAGGUUUCUGCCAGGCACUAUUAGUGUGAGCUACAUGGUGAAGACUCCCACCCUGGGACCCAACGUUCCAGCCCAGGGGAUGUUUGGGGUCCAGCUCCGGCUUGCCAAAGACGCCCAAUACAGCAGCUACUACCCCCAGAAUCACCCGCCCCUGCAGAUGCUGCUGGGGAAACCCCUCUACCUGGAAGUGCGGCUGCUCAAUGCCCCCGAUCCCAGCUUGGUGCUGCUUGUGCACUUCUGUGUGGCCUACCCCCUCUCUGGAAAGGCUGUGUGGCUACUGCUCUAUAAUGGAUGUCCCAACCCCUAUGACCCCGCCCUGGAGCAGGCUGUGCUCUCUGACACUCGGCCAUCCACUCCUCCAGCUCAGACGCGCCGCUUCACCAUCAGCACCUUCCAGUUCCUUCCGGAUGGUGAGUUCAGGGACCCGGACGAGGAGAACAACUUCAUGUGCUCAACCGAAAUCUGCUCGCCACGUGACGGGCCGUGCGUCGAGGGAUGCUUUGGCCAGUAACGUUUACGAUAUGCAGCCGGUUGAAGUUGGUUGCGCUGGGCCGGCCUUCAUGCGUGUCCAAUACCUAAUAAUAAAAUCUCUUAAACGACCCGGCGUGU